AUACCAUCAAUUCUUUCUGGGAAGGAUGUGCUUGUAAAAUCUCAAACUGGUUCUGGAAAGACCUUGGCGGCUCUGAUCCCUAUUUUAAGUUCUACUUUGCAGAAUAAUGCGCAGAGCUCAGACUCUACGAUAAUCAUUCUCAUAGUUGUUCCUACAACAGAACUCGUAGAACAGAUUCAGUGUGUGGUAUCUGGACUUUUAAAGGAUACGGCAAUAACUUGCAAGACAAUGCUUAGCGCGGAAUUUCCCGCAUCGAAUAUUGUCAUCACAAAGCCUGUACAUGCGGUUGAAAUUUGCGAUUCUCUUUCUAAACUGCAAUACUUGCUGGUUGACGAAGCAGAUCUCCUAUUCGAGUUUGGUUACAAGAAGGAGACAAUGAAGUUUGCGGAGGCUCUACGUGUGAAAUGUACACCAAAGAGAUUUCAAGCGGUCCUUUUAAGUGCAACUAUGGACAAGGAAGUCGAGGAACUUGCAAACAUGUUAUUGUACAAGCCAGAGUAUAUUGAAGUUGCAAGGGAUGUGGAUAUGGGAACUAUAAAGGAGUACUACAUAGAGGUACCAGAGGAUGAUCGACCUUUAAUGCUUUACACGCUUAUAAAAAUGGAAACUCUCCCAUCAAGUCGCAUUAUAUUUGUAAAUUCAAAUCAGAGGGGCUACUUUUUAUACUGUCUUUUACGAAAGCUUUACAUUGACUCCAAAGUUUUAAGCAAGCUUCUGUCCCCCAAAUUAAGAAUGUCUAUAAUUCAAUCAUUUAAUCAAGGAAUGAUCGAUACACUCAUAGUUGUUGAUACGGAGGAAACUCUUAGCAGGGGAAUUGACUUUAAGAGUGUGAAAUGCGUCAUAAAUUACGAUGAACCAGAGAGUUUGGAUUCGUACAUCCACAGAAUCGGUAGAGGAGGCAGAUUGACUGAUAGUGUGGCAAUAUUAAUGUGUAAAGAGGCCGUUAGUAGGACAUUGGACGAGGGAGCAGGGGAUUCAGAGAAUCCUACAUACGACUCUCCCAUGGAGGCCAUAUUUUCUGAAAGAUCGCUGGAGAAACUUGGCAUCGAAGCGUCAUCACUAGUACCCCUGAAAUAUAGAAUAGAAGAUGCAUCAAAGGUUGUGACUCCAAAAUUGAUUGAAAUCGCAAAAAUGCAAGCUGUAAGACAAAGUGCUUUGCAUGAAGAUGAAUUUAUCGCAAAAGUUACAAGCAGAGAUGCUCAAAUGUUAAAGGAAGUUUUAAAGACCGACAACGAACUCCUAAAGGCUGACAAGAAGCACCUAGACUAUAUCCCAAAAUAUAUUAUGGACGAGGGACUUAGGAAGGACGUGGAAGGAGUCAGAAGAAUUACCGGAGCGAAAAAGAAUGACUUUGUCAAAAAGCCAGAAAAGCCCUCUAAACCUAAAAAGACCAAAAAGAAGUUUACUAAAAAGAAGCUUCCGCACUUUAAACGCAAGAAAAAGUGA